AUGGACUUGGCAGGCGUGCUGCUGGCGUUGCUCCUCGUGCUGGUGCUGGUUGUCUCUCUGCUCUCCAACCUCCUGGUGCUGCUAUGCUUCGUCUACAGUACGGAGAUCCGCAAGCAGGUCGCCGGGGUUUUCCUGGUGAACUUAUCCUUUUGCAACCUGCUCCUCACCGUCCUGAACAUGCCUUUUACCCUGCUGGGGAUCCUGAGGAACCAGCAACCCCUCGGGGGCUGCGUCUGCAAAGCGGUGGGUUUCCUGGAAACUUUCCUGACUUCCAACACGAUGCUGAGCAUGGCAGCGCUCAGCAUCGACAAAUGGAUUGCCGUGGUGUUCCCCUUAAGCUAUACCAGCAAGAUGCGGUAUAAGGACGCUGUGAUACUGAUGGGCUACUCGUGGCUCCACUCCCUCACGUUCCCCUUGGUAUCCUUGUUUUACUCGUGGGUAGAUUACAACAGCGUUUAUGCCUCUUGCACCUUGCACCUGAAGGAAGAGACGGAGCGGAGAAGGUUUACAGUGUUCACCAUCGUCUUUCACUCCACCAGUUUCAUGCUGUCGCUGGUGAUCUUGUGCUUCACCUAUUUAAAGGUGUUGAAAGUUGCCCGGUUCCACUGCAAGCGGAUAGACAUUAUUACCAUGCAGACUCUGGUUUUGCUGGUGGAUAUCCACCCCAGCGUGAAGCAGCGCUGUCUUAACGAGCAGAAACGAAGGCGGCAGCGGGCCACCAAGAAAAUCAGUAUUUUUAUAGGGUCGUUCGUGAUCUGUUUUGGUCCUUACAUUAUCACCAGGUUGAUAGAGCUUCUUCCUUUUGUUACCAUAAAUUACUACUGGGGAAUUAUAAGCAAGUGCCUCACCUACAGUAAGGCUGCAUCAGAUCCAUUUGUUUACUCACUUUUACGUCAGCAGUACAAAAAAGUUCUGAUCAACAUCGUCAACAGGAUACUUAAGAGGGACCUGUAUCCGUCAUCGGGGUACAACAGCUCUCUCGACACUGAAAAUGAUUACUGCUUGCACAGAACAAACUAA